AUGGAGAAAUCUCAAUCUCAUAUAGUGAUCUUUCCAUUACCACUACAAGGCCACAUCAAACCCUUGCUAUGCUUAGCAGAGCUUCUCUGCGAUGCAGGCCUUCACGUCACCUUCGUCAACACCCGCCACAACCACAACCGCUUAGCGGACCUCCCUGCCCUCUCCGCCCACUUCCCCACCCUCCAUUUCGAGUCCAUCUUGGACGGUCUCCCCGAUGACCACCCACGCACUUUGAGCAGCGAGUUGUUGAUCGCAUUGAAGACGUCAAUUAAGCCUCAUUUUAAGGAGCUGCUCCAGCCAUCCCUUAAGCCCAACGGUUGUGCGUUGCCACCGCCAACAUGUAUUAUAACAUAUGGACUUGCGACUUUCGCCUUUGAUGUUGCAGAAGAGUUGGGGCUGCCCAUACUUAGUUAUAAUGUUGCUUGUGCUCCUUACUUGUGGACUUGUCUUUGUCUCCCCAACCUCAUCGAACAAGGCCAGCUUCCUUUCCCAGAUGACAACAUGGAUGUGGAAAUCACUGGCGUCCCCGGAAUGGAAGGCCUUCUACAACGUGUAGAUUUACCUGGAUUUUGCAGGACACAAAAACGAGAUUUAGCUCUAAUCCUCGACACCAUUAACGAACUCGACGCUCCGUGUCUAUCCCAUAUGGCCAACAUGUUCCCCAAAAUUUACACUCUCGGGCCUCUCCACUCUCUCCUACAUUCUCAAAUCGGCGACGUCUCGCGAUCAUUAGCAUCACACGGCGGUCUUUGGAAAGUGGAUCCAAAUUGCAUGAUAUGGCUCGAUUCUCAGCCAACCAAAUCGGUUCUUUAUGUCAGCUUCGGAACCCUAGUGACCUUGACACGUACCCAAAUCAUAGAGUUUUGGUAUGGUCUGGUCAACAGUGGGCACCCGUUCUUGUGGGUUGUACAGUCCGAAAUCACUUUAGGUUUAGAUGGAGACCAGAUUCCCAUGGAGCUUGAAAUUGGGACAAAAGAAAAAGGGUACAUAGUGAAUUGGGUCUCGCAAGAGGAAGUCUUGUCUCACAAGUCAAUGGGUGGGUUCUUGACCCACAGCGGAUGGAAUUCUACCCUAGAGAGCAUUGUAGCAGGAAUUCCUAUGAUUUGUUGGCCUAAUUUAUGGGAUCAUUACAUCAUUAGCAGAACUUUUAGUGAGAAGUGGAAGGUUGAUUUUCGAUUGAAAGAAAACUGUGACAGAAAGGACAUUGAAACCAUGAUAAGAAUGUUGAUGGAAUUUAAGAGGGGAGAGAUUCAGAGCUCAAUGGAUGCAAUUUCAAAAGUGGCUCGUGAUAGUGUUGCAAAAGGUGGAUCUUCAAACCACAACUUGGAGAUGCUAAUCCAAGACAUUAGGUAUAUGCAUGCAAGACCAGAGUGA